GAAGUAUAAACUAUAUAGCAAUAUCAAAAUCUCUCCCUUUAUUGACACUUUACUUUGAGAAAAAUGGCUCUGAGAAUGUGGACUUCUUCAACAGCCAAUGCACUUAGAGUCUCUUCCAAUGCUUCAAGAACCAGUUUUCCCCCUGCUUUUUCACUCUCUAGAUGUUUUUCUACUGUUGCAGUUCUUGAAGGGCUGAAGUAUGCAUCUUCACAUGAGUGGGUGAAGCAUGAGGGAUCAGUGGCAACAGUUGGAAUAACUGACCAUGCUCAGGAUCAUUUGGGAGAAGUGGUGUUUGUUGAUCUGCCAGAAACUGGUUCUUCUGUUUCACAUGGAAGUAGCUUUGGAGCUGUUGAAAGUGUGAAAGCCACCAGUGACAUUAACUCUCCAAUCUCAGGCGAGAUCGUUGAGGUCAACACAAAGCUCACUGAAACACCUGGUUUGAUCAACUCGAGCCCCUAUGAAGAUGGAUGGAUGAUUAAAGUGAAGCCGAGCAGUCCAUCAGAAAUUGAAUCUUUGAUGGAGGCCAAAGAGUACACUAAAUUCUGUGAAGAAGAGGAAAGUCAUUAAAACUUGAAGGUGAUUUUUGAAUUCACUUUUUAGACUAACAUUUGCCUGGUUAAGGCCUGAGAUAUUGUGAUCAAACUUCCUGUCAGUUGUUAAAAUUCCACAAAAAAUAAAUAAUAAGAUCCACUUUUCUGUUUU